CGAGAGCACCGGCCUCGCUCGCCCUCCACGCUGACGGCGGUGUUGGUCGUCACCGGUGCGUGUGCUGGAGAAAGCCUCAAGCGCCUGUUGGCUCUCCCGCCUCAUCUCCAAAGUGCAGGCGUAUCCAGGCAAGACUCAGUAUGUGCUGCGGGAAUCCUCUGUGUCUGGCUGCUAGAAAUGAAGUAACUGCAUAAACCUACUGGGAUGGUAAAGAAUUCAAGUGGUUACAUUGAGUUAAAAGGUCAAUGACCGUUGAUUGAGGUGAACUCUCGUUAUAGAAGUCGGGCAGGAAGCAAUUCUGUAACCAUAAAAACCAUUUCAUAGCAAAAUAAAGGGAAUGUAAAAGUGAAAUCAAAGGUAAAUGUGGAUAGAGCUUUGGAAGUGGUAGACCAAUGCACCGUUUUAUUGAUAAUGAAGAUACUUUAUUAGGUUAACUUCAUUUUAGUUCCAAAACAGUACCUCACAUAGAGACUCAUAAUUAGCUUUGAUAGCAGUUUAAAAAAAAUGGCACAACCUUUAAAAUAAUGCUGGUACAUCGACUUUAUAUAUUAAUGAUUUAUGAUAAAAAUAUUUAAGAUCAAAUGUAAGUUUUAACCUUUAUAAUUAAAGAUAAUUGCUUUAAUGAGAUUUUCUGUAAUUGUAACAUUAUAUCUAAUGCCAAUUAUCAUACGAUUUAAAAACCCUCUGGAGAAAAUCUUAGAAACCUUAGUGAGCACUGCACAUCUCAUUUUCCAUGCAUUGGGCUUCAGUUUGUACCCUCUGUGCCUAAUUUGUUGUUUUCUUUAAUUGAUGUUGUUGAAUGAAAUUUCUCCUUUUUUGGUCAUUUGAUACCCUGAUAGAGAUUGGUUGCCUAGCUAUCACCUCUCUGGGGGAUGUUGUUAAAAAAGAUCUUCAUGUUGUCAGGUUAAAGAGCAGAUAAGUACAUUCUACACCAGCAUGCUGAUUGAUUUGCAUCUUCAUACCUUUUAGGUAUGCAAUUGUAUUGUGGUAUGGUAGAAAGUUGGUUUGAGCAACUAUGUAAGAGUCUAUAUUGCCAGUUUCAUUGGUUCUUUUUGAUAUUCCACUAUUUUAAUUACUGAAAUAGCAAUUUUUAAAAGUUUCCCUGCAGGUGGAAUGCCUCCUGUUCAUCAAGUGGCUCAACAGAUUAGCCAAGAGCAAAACCAACAGCAAAAUGGACCAAACUUGUCAAGUUUGCAUAGUUCCUUACCUGCUCCACACAGCAGGAGCCCAGCUUUUCUUCAGCAGGUACAACCAGCAGGCUAUGAUAAGAAGCAUGGGAUUUUGGUCCCAACUCCAGUUCCUGUACAACAACAGGAAAAUGAAAUUCUGCAGCGAAUAACAGCACUGAGGAAAGAGGGUUUAUGGUCUCUGAAACGUCUGCCCAAACUCCAAGAGGCCCCACGGCACAAAUCACACCAUGAUUAUCUUUUGGAAGAAAUGCAGUGGAUGGCAACUGAUUUCGUCCAAGAAAGAAGAUGGAAGAUGAUAACUGCCAAGAGACUGAUUUUAAGUGUGGCUCGUCAUCACGAUGAUAUGAUACUUCAUAAGGAAACAUGCAAGAAAAGAGAAGAGAAGCAACUGAGGGCUGUAGCUGCUUUUACUGCUAGAGAAAUUGAACACUUCUGGUCCACCAUCAAACAGGUGGUAGAUUUAAAACUGCGAGUGGAGUUAGAAGAGAGGAGGAAGAAAGCAUUAAACUCUCAGAACAUCUCAAAAAAAGAAAUAAGAGACCCUUUGAAUAAGAAAGGGAGCCUUCAGAAGGAAGUGGUACUUCCAGAUCUCACAUCUACUGUAAAGAAAUACAUGGCAGAUUUAGCAGACAUUGGUGCUGCUGCAGAAGCGUUGUUACCCAAAGGCAGUGCUCAAAUCACAACAGUAGUAAAAAGCGAUACUCCCUCCCUAUUAUGCGGCACUCUUAGAGAUUAUCAGAAGACUGGACUACAGUGGUUGGCAAAGCUGUAUAAGAUGAAUCUCAAUGGCAUUCUGGCUGAUGAAGCUGGACUUGGAAAAACAGUGCAAGUUGUUGCUUUUUUUGCACACCUGGCAUGCAAUGAAGAUAACUGGGGACCUAUUCUUGUUGUUUCACAAGACUUAAAUGUGCUGAAGUGGGAGACUGAACUGAAAUGCUGGUGUCCUGCUUUGAAAAUUCUUCUGUAUCUUGGGAACCCAGGAGAACUUUUUUUAAAAAGACAGGAAUGGACUGACCCUAACAACUUUAAUGUAUGUAUUGCCUCCUGCAAGCAAUUCUUUAAUGACUAUGAAGCAUUCAUGAAAGUACAGUGGAGGUACCUAGUUCUAGAUGAGAGGCAGAAUGGUAAUAAUCUGACACAGAAGCACUGGGAUGCAAUAUUCAAUCUCCAGAGUCAUCUUCGUUUACUCUUGAUGGAUACGCUUCUGCCUACUGCCUUAAAAGAUCUGUGGGCCAUUGCCUGUUUCCUGAUCCCAGGGAUGUCCCAAUCCUAUCUGGAUUUUACGAAGGUAGCAUCUGCGGAGGUGAAUGAAGAUCAUUACCAGAGAGUUGCAGUGAGACUGCAGAGAGUAGUGCAGUCAUUCAUUUUGCGGAGGUCCAAAAUUCAUGUUGAGAAGCAGUUACCAAGGAAAUAUGAGCACGUGCUUACAUGUACUCUUUCUAAUCGGCAGAAGUCAAUGUAUAAGGACAUCUUGUCUCAACCAAGAACUCAAGAAUGUCUUAGAAGUGGGCACUUUGUCAGUGUCCUCCAUAUUCUGAUGCAGCUGCUCAGGGUGUGUAAUCAUCCUGAUCUGAUAAGUCCCCGGCUUCCAAGUUCUUCCUGUAUAUUAGACACGCUGGAGUUUACAACUGCUUCUCUAGUGCUGAAUGCAUUAGCAUGGGAUCUUUGGAAGCAUGCAGACUGGUCUCUCUUUGAUGUGAUUGGGAUGGAGAACCAAAUUACUUGCUACGAAGCACAAAUCCUGCCAAAACUGAAGGUAACUAGGAAGCUUAUUGAAGAGAUCUACUGUUCUCCUUCGUCACCCAGACUUGAGCCAGUGAAGCUCAAACCAAAUAGGUUAUUUACACCAGUGCAGUAUGGACAGAAACCCGAAGGUAGGACUAGAGACUUCUCAAGGUCUCAGUUGCAGCAGACAGUGGACACAGCAAUGGUUAUAGCAGAUCAUCAUGGGAAAAUACAAGGACGACAACCCCUUGCCAUGUUUUCAGAAAAUCAGCAUAGGAAAGCCAGCAAGAUAGUACUCGGCCCGAUUGUUUCCACAGCUGGAGCACAGGAGAGAAUUGCUCAACCAGAGAAGCCUGUAACACUACAGUUUAGAGGGAAAACAUUUACUUUGUCUUACAGUCAGUUCUGUCAGCUUAUUGGUAGACAGUCUCUGAAGCAUCAAGUGGAUGACUUGAGUACUAAAUCUGAAUUGGUGUCUACACUUUUGUGUCCAACUCAGGGUAUCAUAGAAGAAAAAAGACAACUAAAGGAACACCUGGACAAAAUAUAUUUUGGGAAUGAGCGUCGUUGUUCCAGAACCCCCCUGUAUGGCAGAGACUUGUUGGAAAUUUGCUCUUGGAUCAGUGAAAGAAAAAUGUCUCAGCAUUGUUCUGCCAGGAUUAACAAAUGGUGCUGGGCUGGCUUUGCAAAUUGCCUUCCAUACUCAAGCACUUCAGAGGUUCGAAAGGAUCCAUUGCAAGAACUCAUUCUGACAUUGAAGCAGCAACAGAUUGCCCUGAAGGAUGUUGUUACUAGAGACCUGUGUGUAUUGCCAGCUGUAGCUGUUGCUCCUCCAGAUUUGUAUGUAGCAAAUCCUCCUUACACAUAUACCCACGAAAUGAAGGUCUUGAAGCUUAAUCUAAAGGAACAGAUACUUCCCUACCUCCAUUCAAUGCAGCAUAUAGCAAGGCCUCAUUUUCUACAGUUUCCAAAUCCCCGACUGGUGCAGCAUGAUUCAGGCAAGAUGGAAGCUCUGGCUGUCUUGCUUCGGAAGCUGAAAGCAAGAGGACAUCGUGUGUUGAUUUUGACACAGAUGAUUCCAAUGCUUGAUAUACUGGAGCUUUUCUUGAACUUCCAUUUUCUCACGUACAUAAGAGUUAAUGAGAGCGGUGCUCACAGUUGGCAUUAUCUGGAAUCCAUAAAAAACUUCAACCAAGACAAGCGAUUCUUCUGUGCUAUUCUUUCUUCCCACACUCCUUCCACAGGUGUCAGCCAUGUAAAUGCGAAUGCUGUUGUCUUCUAUGACACUGAUUUAGAUCCACUGAUGGAUACGAAGGCUAAAGAAUGGUGUGAUAAACUUGCAAGAGACAGAGAUACUCACAUAUACAGGUGACUUUUAUGCUAAGAAAUAGUAUAGGUGUUUUAAAGUCAAGAAUAGAGGGAAGAUGUUUUAAGGUGAAACUAGGAUUUUUUGGUUGAGGUCAUCCUUUUAGUUUAAGUCAUUUGGUCUUUUAAGAUCCCCUUAAAGAUUGGAUCAGUCAUACAUACUUCUUCCCUUCAGACUAAAGAGAAAAUGAAAACCCUGUCCUUCCCCUGACUGCAUCUUCUAUUCCUGUCUUUCACUCCCACUUUCAUCUUGUAAGCCAUCUGGAUUUCUAUGUUGGGACAGUCAAAAUGAACAUUAAUAUCUGUGGGUGUUUUCUGCUCUUGAUAAACAAUGAAUGUCUUUCUUGAUGGUCUAUCAUUGGAUUU